GCGAAAGCAUUUAUUAUGUCUGUACAAUCAUAGCCAGCGAGUGCUUUUUUCCAAUUUUGCUUUCCCUUUUCCUUUCUGGCCGGAGAGAUGGAUCUCUGAGAUUCACAUCUCUCUCUCCGAUGAACUGAGAAGGAAAAAUUAAGAACAGAAAAUAUCUUUUUGUUUUUUUGUUUUGGGUGGUUUUAUAUUGGAUUUUUUUGUGUUGUGGGAAUGGAGCCAGAGACAACCUCGAACUCGGUCUCUGAAAGCAAUGGGAACGACAAGAAUUGCGAAACCCAGGUGGUGCUGAACGUGUAUGAUCUCACCCCACUUAACAGUUACACGGUUUGGUUCGGCGUUGGGAUCUUUCAUUCCGGUAUUGAAGUCCAUGGUAAGGAGUAUGGAUUUGGAGCUCAUGACUUCCCAGCAAGUGGAGUUUUUGAAGUGGAACCGAAGAGUUGCCCGGGUUUUAUUUACCGAAGUUCCAUCUCAUUGGGGCGCAUAACCAUGCUUCCGUCUGAAUUCCGGACAUUUAUUGAGAAUGCAGCUUCUGAGUAUCAUGGGGAUACCUAUCACCUCAUUUCCAAGAAUUGCAACCAUUUUACAGAUGACAUCUCGUGGAGAUUGACAGGAAAGCACAUCCCAGGGUGGGUGAAUCGGCUUGCCCGUCUAGGUUCUUUAUGUAGUUGUCUGCUUCCUGAAAGCCUCCAAGUAUCUACUGUCAAACAGCUGCCUGAAUACCACGACUGUUCAGAAGAUGGUACGGAAUGCCUAUCAACCACCACUGCCCGUGAGUCGACAGAAAUUGAUGAUGAUCACGAGAAGAGCCUGCUGUCCCCAUUGGCUGUGAGCGGUGACGUGUCCUUUGUCAAAGAGGUACAGAAGUGAUACUGAACCGGGGAAAAGAAUCUUCCACUUCUGAAACCAUUGUUUGAUUCGAUUUUUCAUUAUUUUUUUUCCUCAUUCUACCACUAUUUGUCUUUCAUGUUUAUUUCAAUUGUUUAGAACUGAAAGAUAUGACUACGAAGUAGGUGUAGGUUGUUGUAAUUGGUUUGUACGGGCCUUUUUGGAAGUCGGAAAUUGUCUCUCUAUCUGAAUAUUCUGUAAUGUAUCUCACGAGCUUGGAAAUAAAAGAAUAUGGCUGUCUGCUUCCAAUUUCUUGAAGCAUUUUGGUGAA